AUGCAACAACCCUCUAGUGAUGUGCAAGACAUCGUCAUCGACGACAACAGUCCCGCGCCAAUAGAAGUAGAGGACGUUCCCGAUGUCCACCUGUACGAGGCAUAUGCGGCGAAAUGCAUGCCGGAACUUGGCUUGGAAAUCGAGGAUUUUCAGUUCCAGACAUGGCGAAUCGAGCAUUGGAGUCAGCAGCCCAAGAGAAUAGUCGGCCCAGAGUUUAGCUGUGGUGGUCAUAAAUGGCGUAUUUUGCUGUUCCCUCAAGGAAACGCGAAUGGCCAACCAAACGACAUGGUCUCGGUCUAUCUCGACUAUGCCAACCCCAAGCAGGCUCCAGAAGGCUGGCACGCCUGUGCCCAGUUUUGCCUUGCAAUCUCCAACCCCUGGGACUCUACUAUCCAAACAUCCAGCCAUGCUCACCACCGAUUUGUUGCCGAGGAAUGUGAUUGGGGAUUCACUCGAUUCGUUGACCUGAGAAAGCUUUACACUGCCGACCCGGCGAAUGGCAAGAACAGGCCGACGAUUGAGAAUGACGAGGUGGAGAUCACGGCGUUCGUGCGGGUCUUGAAGGACCCAACUGGCGUCCUAUGGCACAACUUUGUCAACUAUGACUCCAAGAAGGAGACUGGGCACGUUGGGUUGAAGAACCAGGGUGCGACGUGUUAUAUGAACUCUCUCUUGCAGUCUCUGUUCUGCACGAAUUACUUCCGAAAGGCCGUCUAUCAAAUACCCACGGAAGACGAUAUCCCCUCCGAAAGUCUGGCACUCGCUCUCCAACGUGUCUUUUACCAUCUCCAAACAUCCAAUCAGCCCGUAGGGACGACCGAGUUGACCAAAUCCUUUGGAUGGAAGUCGCUCGAUUCGUUCAUGCAGCACGACGUGCAAGAGUUCAGCCGAAUUCUACAGGACAAGCUGGAAAUCAAGAUGAAGGGAACCCCCGCCGAGGGCGCUAUUCCCAGGCUAUUCAAGGGGCAGAUGAAAAACUACAUCAAGUGUAUCGAUGUGGACUUUGAGUCUUCAGUGGUGGAGGAUUUCUAUGAUAUCCAACUCACUAUCAAGGGACUAAAGGACCUUCGAGCUUCUUUCAAUGAGUAUGUCUCUGUCGAGACUCUUGAUGGCGAGAACAAGUACCAGGCGGAGGGCCAUGGUCUGCAGGCCGCCAAGAAGGGUGUCAUCUUCCAGUCGUUCCCUCCCGUCCUCCACUUGCAACUUAGACGCUUCGAAUACGACAUUGAGAAGGAUGCUCUGGUCAAGAUCAACGACCGCCACGAGUUCCCAUACGAGCUCGACCUCGGUGACUUCUUGGACGAAUCCGCCGACCGGUCCCAGUCUCACGUAUACAAGCUCCACGGCGUGUUGGUCCACUCUGGUGAUCUGCAUGGUGGCCAUUACUUUGCGCUCAUCAAGCCAGAGAAGGACGGACGGUGGUUCAAGUUUGAUGACGACCGGGUAACCCCAGUGACGGACAAGGAGGUGCUGGAGGACAACUUUGGAGGAGAUAUGGUCAGCGGACUUGUGCCCUCGCACCAGAGGACACAGGCCAGGACCCUGAAAAAGUUUACCAACGCCUACAUGCUGGUGUACGUACGAGAGACCGAGCUCGACACUGUCCUUGCACCCUUCACCGAAUCCGACACCCCGCCCCAUCUCAAGGCCCGUCUCGACCACGAGAGGGAGCUCCUCGAAGCCAAGAAGAAGGAGAAGGACGAGCAGCACCUCUACCUCACUGCCAAAAUCAUCACCGAUGACAUCUUCUCUCAACAUCAGGGCUUCGACCUUGCCUCCUUUGAAGACAAGAACAUCCCCGCAACCGACCUCCCGACUUUCCGAGUGUUGAAGAAUGAGACUUAUGCUGUAUUCAAGAGCCGCGUGGCCGAGCACUUUAAAAUCCCUGAAAAGGACUUUAGGCUCUGGGUGCUUGUCAACAGGCAGAAUAAGACGACUAGGCCGGAUGUGCCCAUACACGACAGUGACGGUGCUCAGUCAAUGGAGAGCAUCAGAAACACAAUGGCGGCGCGAGCGACUGAUCUCAGACUUUACCUUGAUUUCAACCCUGACCACACCCAGUUCAAUACCCUUCACGCGGAUCCCAACAACCAUCCAAUCAUGCUUUUCCUUAAAUGGUUCGACUGUUCCCGUCAAACGCUUCUGGGUCAAGGGAAGGUAUUUGUGGACAAAUAUCAAAAGACUUCGGAUCUAUUUGGCAUCAUCCAAGAGAAAAUGGGCUGGCCGUCAUCGACGCCUAUAAAGCUUUACGAGGAAAUCAAGGCUGGUAUGAUCGAGGCUAUGAAGGUCAAGCAGUCUUUUGUUCAGAAUGAAAUUCAGGACGGUGACAUCAUCUGUUACCAGGUCGAGCUCCCCGAAAAGGAGGUUUCCGAUCUGGAUGCUCAGGGUCUCUACUCUAGUGUCCCCGCCUUCUAUGACUUCUUGCAAAACCGAAUCUUGGUCCACUUCAAGCCCAGAUACGAAGACAAGAGCAAUGUGGCCCCUGAAUUCGAGCUCAUCCUGAGCAAAAAGUCCACUUACGAGGUCAUGGCUAACAGAGUUGGUGACUAUUUGAAACAUGACCCUCUCAAGCUUCGCUUCACCUCUGCCCACAACCAAAACGGUGCUCCCAAAAACACCGUCAAGCGGGGCUUGAAUCAGAGCGUCGCGGAUAUCACCCAGACUAGCUACUACAGCCAGCACUCGCACAUCGUCAUCUACUACGAGCUUCUUGACAUCAGCAUUGUUGAACUGGAGACGAAAAAGUCUCUCAAGGUUAUUUGGACUGGUGUUCACAACAAGGAAGAGACUACCCACCCCUUCUUGCUGCCAAAGACCCAUACUUUCACCGAUGUUGCUGAGCAACUGUCAAAGCUGGUCAAGCUUGAGGCUGGAGGUAGCGGCAAGAUUCGAAUCUUUGACAUUUCCUCGUCCGGCCGUUCGCAGCGCGAACACACUGGUGCCGAGAUGAUUGGCAACCUUGCGGAGCCUACAGAGCUGUUCGCGGAGGAGGUCCCCGUGGAGGAGGCGAGUGCUGGUGAAGGCACCAAGGUCGUCAAUGUGUUCCACUACUGGAGAGAACCCACACGGACGCACGGUGUACCUUGCAAGUUUGUGUUGCUCGAGGGAGAGCCAUUCUCGGAAACCAAGCUCAGGCUGCAGAAGCGCCUUGGUGUCUCUGAAAAGGAAUUCUCCAAGUUCAAGUUCUCUCUUGUCACCUCGACAGUGUUCAAGCAGCCCUCAAUCGUUGAAGAGAACGACACCAUCUACGACCACAAAUGGGCGCAAGAUGAUGCUCUUGGUCUUGACCACGUCGACAAGCGGCCAAGCAAGAGCUCUGGUGAGAAGGGUAUCGUCAUGAGAUGA